CAAAGAAUCUUCGAAAAGUGACAUAAAGGUUCAUAGCCAUGGAAUGAUGCAGUGGACGGUUACUAAGACAUUUUCCGUGAGCUGUACGUUCGACAUGACCAUCUUUCCCUUUGAUACACAAAUCUGCGCAGCAACAUUCGGAUCUGUUACCCAGAAAGGAAGCUCUUUAUAUUACAAAAAGGCAGGAUACUCCACCUGGGAAUUCGCAAUGCCGAACACUGAAUGGGAUCUUGUGAAUUUUACCGAUUCGGCAAUUGUGGUUCCAAUGUCGGUUGAAUUCAAUGAUGCGGGCAGUGUCUACAACUGGACGGAAGCAGUGUACAGAGUAGAUUUAACUUUGAAGCGGCGGACUGGAUAUUACUGGGUAAACCUGAUCACACCGUGCAUGUGCUGCUCCUUCCUCGUGGCCAUGACCUUCUACAUGCCGUGCGAUGCCGGUGAGAAACUCUCCUUCAGCGUCACCGUCUUGCUCGCCUUUACCGUCUACCAACUGAUCAUAGCGGACAACCUGCCCAGGUCUUCCGACAGGACGCCAUUACUAUCUAUCUAUCUGACCCUACUGACGGGGCUGUCAGCAUCUGCUGUGACCUUGGCGAUGUUCGUCCUUAACCUUCACCACCAUGAUCCCAACAAGCCCGUCCCCAGCUGGAUGAAGACCCUGGUGUUCAACUGCUUGGCUACCAUCACGUGCAAGAGGAAGGCCGUGCGUGAACUUGGCCUGGUGGACUCCCCCGACCAAUUGAAUCAGGUGCAACCCAUCUGCCUGCAAAGUCCCCAUCCAAAGGUUGCCUUCGUUGAAGGCGCGAGCAAGGGUUCAAUCACCGAUCUCCAUGAUCUUCUAAAGAAGAGCAAUGUCAUCAGCCCUGACGGAAACUCCGAGGGGACGUAUGGGCCUCACUGGAAACUAGCGGCAGAGAUCAUCGACCGGUUCUUCAUGAUUGUCUUUCUGUGUUCUACUCUCGCGCUGACAGGUGCCAUCAUGUUCAUUAUGCCGUAUUUGUACGUCUCCAGUCUCUUUGAAGCUUUUAUGAAUUACUCAUGAGUUUCGUUUCUCAAGUGUGUGUG